AUGGCCGAUAAUCUAUCAACACUAUAUGCGCAAGCUGUGGCGGAAGCUCAAAAGGCAGCUCAAUAUGUGCUCGACAAUGCACCAGAGGCAUAUGAAAGAGGGAAAGAGGCUGCCGUGAUCGCUGCUGCUAAAGUUCAACCCGCUCUCAAAUUUGCUUUGGAGAAAACACCAGUUCUCAUGGAAAGAUCCAAGGAAGCGGCAGGGCAGUUGUAUCAGGAUGCUCCCCGACAUCUGAACACUGCGAAGAUUGUGGCAGACCAGCUAUAUCAGGAUGCCCCAAGACACCUCAACACUGCGAAGGCAGCUGGUCUGAAUGCUCUUGAAGAUCCUAGGCAUUCUGCAAAAUCGUUGUUAGGCAUCUUGGGGCCUAUCAUCCGUCGGAAUCCAUAUACCAGCGUUUUUGGAGUCUGGGCAGCACUAGCUGUGGUAUUUGGACUUUCUUGGCCUAUUCGUCUUAUAUUGAGAAUAUUUGGAUUUGGUAAAGGUGUUACUCCGGGAUCGAAGGCGGCAACUUGGCAGUCUCGACAAGGAAAUGUACAACGCAAUUCAUGGUUUUCUUUAUUCCAGGCCAUUGGGAACCAAAAGUUGAGAAGCGACUAUGAAUUUGAAUGA